CGAUCCAAACAAAUUCUUCUCUUCCCGUCUCUCCCCCAAAGUCCAAUCCCCAAAAUCUUUGAAUAAAAUCCCUAAAUCCAAUGGGAUUCCUGUAAAACUUGUCAAAUUCAGAGCAGGAAAGCCACGGAAUUUGGAACCCUGGACGCAUUUCAAUCAAUUGUUACCUCGGAAGGAAGAAUCGGAUCAAUCCUCCGAUUCAAUGUCUCAGUCUCAUCCACUUCAUGUUCGGAUGUUGUUCCUGUUGUUCCUAUGCAUUUCAGGGUUAGGUCUCGGCGUUGACCGAGGGGAAGCCUUCAAGGUCCCCUUCAGAGUUAACGAUGUUCUUCCGGUGCUGCCUGGCCAGAUUUCGUGGCCCGUUCUGAACAACUUCCACAGCGCCGUCGACCUCUUACCCGUCUUCGUCGGCUCGGUAACUCCGACCAAUGGGUCUCUCGUGUGGAAAGGAGCUUGCUUUCAUGGUAACGAGGCGAGACUCGAGAUUACCCAUAGUGAUCGCCAUGAGCCUGGGCUCGGUGGCGGUCUUCUCCAUCUCAAGACAUCUGAAGCGCACAGCUGGACAUGCAUGGACCUGUAUGUAUUCGCAACUCCAUACAGGAUUACAUGGGACUAUUAUUUCUCUGCCCGAGAUCAUACUUUGAAGUUCGAUUCUUGGGAAGAGUCUGCUGAACUAGAAUACGUAAAGGAGCAUGGAAUCUCUGUGUUUCUUAUGCCUUCUGGAAUGAUGGGAACAAUGCUUUCCUUGAUCGAUGUCUUACCUCUCUUCUCAAACACUGUCUGGGGCCAGAACGCGAACCUGGCAUUCCUGCAGAAACACAUGGGCGCAAAGUUUGAGAAAAGGCCUCAACCUUGGCGUGCUACGAUUAACCCGGAAGAUGUUCAUUCGGGGGAUUUCUUGGCCGUGUCAAAGAUUAGAGGCCGAUGGGGCGGGUUUGAGACGUUAGAGAAAUGGGUGACCGGGGCUUUUGCUGGUCACACUGCUGUUUGUCUAAAGGAUGAAUCGGGAAACCUUUGGGUUGGGGAAUCCGGCCAUGAGAACGAAAAGGGUGAAGAAAUCAUUGUUGUGAUUCCGUGGGAUGAAUGGUGGGAGCUGGCAUUGAAAGAUAACUCCAAUCCUCAGAUAGCGUUGCUUCCUCUACAUCCAGAUGUCCGAGCAAAAUUCAACAACACCGCUGCUUGGGAAUAUGCACGGAGCAUGUCGGGCAAGCCAUAUGGCUAUCACAACAUGAUAUUCAGCUGGAUUGAUACUUUGGCCGAUAACUACCCACCUCCUCUUGAUGCUCACUUGCUAAUUUCUGUCAUGUCAAUGUGGACUCGUGUACAACCAACAUAUGCCGCAAAUAUGUGGAACGAGGCCCUGAAUAAACGACUCGGGACAGAGGGUCUGGAUCUGUAUGAGAUUCUCGCGGAAACUGAGAGGCGGGGAAUGACCUUUGACGAGUUACUCACCAUCCCAGAAAGGGACGAGUGGGUGUACAGCGACGGGAAAUCAACCACUUGCGUCGCAUUCAUCUUGCAAAUGUACAAAGCGGCUGGUGUUUUUGGCCCUCUUGCCGACCAUAUCCAAGUCACUGAAUUCACAAUCCGUGAUGCGUAUGCGCUUAGGAUAUACGAGGAUAACCAGACCCGUCUGCCGAGUUGGUGCAACGACGAAGAGGGUAAGCUUCCGUUCUGUCAGAUUCUUGGUGGAUACAGGAUGGAGCUACCUGGUUACAACUCCGUCGAACCUUAUGCCAACAUGAACGAGCAUUGCCCGUCAUUGCCUCCUGAUUAUGGGAGGCCGAGCAAAUGCUGAAAGUUUCGAAAUUUGCCAUCAUCUCCUCCAAUGGACUCUCUCGCUCGCUCGUGUGUCGGUAAUCUAUAUAUGCUUAUGAGUAGCUAGAGUGUCUUCCACGUUUAUCUGUUCUGCGGUGGGAGAAACAGGAGCUUUGGUAAAAGCAAAGCUUCUUAUGUUUGUACAUAUAGUGGAUAUAUGCUUUUGAAUAUAUAUAUAUAUAUAAAAGGCUGAUAUUUAUUAUCUUUUGCCA